CUGGCAACCGGGCUGUAACGGGGGGGAUAAGCUGCAGCCUCCGUCUCUCAGGUGCUCCGAUGGAGUGAAGCGGCCGCCGAGGCGCCUUGACUUCCUGUCCCGGUCGAUGAUGGAGAGGGUGAGUGUCUCAUCUCAGUGAAGCCCGGGCCGGGGGUCAGAGGUCAUUGAUUAAAACCUGCACCUCUCCCUCUUACCCCCUGAAACCCCUGUCCCCCCUUCCCACGGCCCUUUGGUCACCCACCCUUAAAGAAUCAGUGGGCCGUCUGAUCGUCAGUGGACCACCAGUGGAGGCGGCGCCGAGCGUCCCGCACCGCCUCUCAGACCCCUCCCCCCCCCCGCCUCUAGCUCCCCGGCCUCAAGAUGAUGUGCGAGGUGAUGCCCACCAUCUCGGAGGACGGGCGCGGAGGCGGCGGCUCGUCUCCCCCGCCGGGGGGCGGGGCAGGAGGAGGGAUGGGAGGCAUCGGGGGCUACGGCGGCAGGGAUGCCCGCGGCGGCGGCAGCGCGGGCGGCGGCGGCGGCAGCAGCGACGAGGGGGGCAGCACGGGCAACCUGGAGUCGCUGAUGGUGAACAUGCUGACGGAGAGGGAGCGGCUGCUGGAGAGCCUGAGGGAGACGCAGGACUGCCUGGGGACGGCGCACCUGCGCCUCAGGGACCUCGGCCACGAGAAGGAGUCGCUGCAGAGGCAGCUGUCCAUCGCCCUGCCGCAGGAGUUCGCAGUGCUGACCAAAGAGCUGAACCUCUGCCGGGAACAGCUGCUGGAGAGGGAGGAGGAGAUAGCCGAGCUGAAGGCGGAGAGGAACAACACACGGCUGCUGCUGGAGCAUCUGGAGUGCCUGGUGUCCCGCCACGAGCGCAGCCUGAGGAUGACCGUGGUGAAGAGGCAGACCCAGUCCCCGGCUGGGGUCUCCAGCGAGGUGGAGGUCCUGAAAGCCCUCAAGUCGCUGUUCGAGCACCACAAAGCUCUGGACGAGAAGGUGAGGGAGCGGCUACGGGUGGCGCUGCAGCGGGUGGCGUCCCUGGAGGAAGAGCUGCAGUCCUCUUCCCAGGAGGUCGUGUCCCUAAGGGAGCAGAUCAAGCGGCGGCAGCAAGGACUGGACGGCGGCAAAGAGCGGCUUCCCAACGGGCCGUCGUCCAUCCUGGACGACGGCGACGUGGACCGUCAGCGCGAGGGCGAGAUAGAGCGACAGAGGUCGGAGCUGGGUCAGCUCAAAGAGAGACUGGCCCUCAUGUGCAGACAGGUCGGGGAGAUCGAGGAGCAGCUGACGUCCGCCCGCCGGGAGCUGGCCCGAUCGGAGGAGGCCAACCAGAAACUGCAGAGGGACGUGAAGGAGGCUCUCUGUCAGAGGGAAGACAUGGAGGAGAGAAUCACCACGUUGGAGCGCAGGUACCUGAGUGCCCAGAGGGAGGCGACGUCUCUCCACGACACCAAAGACAAGCUGGAGAACGAGCUGGCCAGCAAAGACUCGCUCUACAGACAGGGCGAGGAGAAGAACCGGCAGCUCCAGGAGCGCCUGGAUGACGCCAAGCAGAAGCUGCAGCAGACUCUGCAGAGGGCCGAGACGCUGCCGGAGAUCGAGGCGCAGCUCGCCCAGAGAGUGGCAGCCCUCAACAAGGCGGAGGAGCGACAUGGUAACUUUGAGGAGCGACUGCGACAGAUGGAGGCGCAACUGGAGGAGAAGAACCAGGAGCUGCAGAGGGCGAGGCAGCGGGAGAGGAUGAACGACGAACACAACAAGCGCCUCUCCGACACGGUGGACAAGCUGCUGUCUGAGUCCAACGAGAGGCUGCAGCUGCACCUGAAGGAGAGGAUGGCGGCCCUGGAGGAGAAGAAUGCGCUGUCGGAGGAACUGUCCAACAUGAAGAAACUCCAGGACGAUCUGUUGGCGAACAAGGACCAGCUGAUCGCAGAGCUGGAGCGCCUUCAGCUGGAGUUGGAUCAGCUGAGAGCGAGGCCCGGUGGCUCUUAUUCCAGUCGCUCUCUGCCGGGGAGCGCUCUGGAGCUGAGGUAUUCCCACGGGAAUGGCUCGCUACCGACCGGCUCGACCACUCACCUGGACACCUUCGGUAACGCGUCCGCCGGGGGCGUGGUCAGGCGGAGUCACCGGGCCCGUUGGAGCUCGGCCAGAGAGGACUCCACCAAGUACCCGGACUGGGAGAGCGGGGCCCUGCUGGGGACCGGGUUCGACCCGGGCCUGGACGUGGGCGGCUCCGACGACGAUGACGACGGCGACCCUCGGUUCGGCUCCGAGCUGCUCUCCCCCAGCGGGCAGACGGACGUGCAGACCCUGGCCAUCAUGCUGCAGGAACAGCUGGAGGCCAUCAACAAGGAGAUCAAACUCAUCCAGGAGGAGAAGGAGAACACGGAGCUGCGGGCCGAGGAGAUCGAGAGCCGGGUCAGCGUGGCUCUGGACCCUCCGUCCUCCCUGGGGAGGGACAGCACGGGACGGGGCUUCAUCCCCUCGUCCAUCACGUCCUCCACCCUGGCCUCCCCCUCCCCCCCCAGCUCCGGACACUCCACCCCUCGCCUGUCUCACUCCCCGGCCCGCGAGACGGAUAGACAGAACAGCAAAGAUGACGACCGCUCCCUGGCUCUUCUGGAUGCCACGCCUCCUUCCACUCCUCGCGCUCUGCGGCUGGACAGGAUGACCCUCACCCACCCGGGCGCCAUGCUCGACGACCCCCGGGAGUUUCGCGGUCUCUCGGCAGAUGGCAGCAGCUCCAACAGCAGCCAGGAUUCUCUCCACAAGUCCAGUAAGAAGAAAAGCAUCAAGUCCUCCAUCGGGCGACUUUUCGGGAAGAAGGAGAAAGGACGGAUGGGCCAACCCGGGCGGGAGGGGUCCGCUUCUCUCGCGUCCACGCCAUCCGAGGAAAUGGCCUCCGGCGACCCGAUGGGCCUGAACAAGACCGGGACUCUGGGUCCGGCAGAUAAAGACCGCCGCAGCAAGAAGAAGCAUGAGCUGCUGGAGGAAGCAUGUCGCCAAGGACUCCCCUUCGCAUCCUGGGACGGACCCACGGUCGUGUCCUGGUUGGAGCUGUGGGUGGGAAUGCCGGCCUGGUACGUCGCCGCCUGCCGCGCCAACGUGAAGAGCGGCGCCAUCAUGGCCAACCUGUCGGACACGGAGAUCCAGAGGGAGAUCGGCAUCAGCAACCCGCUGCACCGCCUCAAGCUGCGGCUGGCCAUCCAGGAGAUGGUGUCCCUCACCAGCCCCUCGGCGCCGGCCAGCACCCGCUCCUCGACCAGUAACGUGUGGAUGACCCACGCUGAGAUGGAGUCCCUGAACGCAGCCACCAAGCCCCCGCUCAAGGAGUUCAGCUGGGAUCAGAUACUGGCCUACGGCGACAUGAAUCACGAGUGGGUGGGCAACGACUGGCUGCCCAGCCUGGGUCUGCCGCAGUACCGCAGCUACUUCAUGGAGUCCCUGGUGGACGCCCGCAUGUUGGACCACCUGACCAAGAAGGAGCUGAGAGGACAGCUCAAGAUGGUGGACAGCUUCCACAGGGUCAGUCUGCAUUACGGCAUCAUGUGCCUGAAGCGGCUCAACUACGAUCGCAAGGAGCUGGAGAGGAAGAGAGAGGAGAGCGUCCACCACAGCAAAGAUGUGAUGGUGUGGUCCAACGAGCGUGUGAUGUGCUGGGUUCAGACCAUCGGCCUGAAGGAGUACGGAGACAACCUGCGUGAGAGCGGCGUACACGGCGCCCUGCUGGCAUUGGACGACACCUUCGACUACACCGACCUGGCGCUGCUGCUGCAGAUCCCCAACCAGCACACGCAGGCCCGACAGCUUCUGGAGCAGGAGUACAACUCCCUCAUCUCCAUGGGGACGGAGAGACGACCCGACGAGGACGGAGCGAAGACGUUCACCCGCUCGCCCUCCUGGAGGAAGAUGUUUCGGGAGAAAGACCUCCGGGGCGUGACCUCCGACUCCGCCGAGACCCUGCCUGCCAACUUCCGUGCCUCAGCCAUCUCCACGCCCUCCGUUACCCUGAGAAAGGUGCAGAGCGACGCCAGCUCCGGCGCCCGGGGGGAGUCCGCCUCAGUGAGGACGUACUCCUGCUGAGGGGCCGAGGGCGCCACUGGAUUUGGGACUAGAGGACCUGCUUGCUCAUCCUCGAGGGAGAGGGGGGGUUCGGGGGGGGGGUCAAUGAAUAUAACCAUUUCACUUUUGAAAAUGAAUCCAUCCGUCCGUCCUGCAAUAACCGAAGCAAAAGGAACGAAGGCG